CGUAGGGUUAGGGUCUGUCUGAUUAUAUAAUCAAAAUCAAUACCCUAGCCGUAAUUGCAACCCCAAACCCUUUGAAUCCCAGCCAUUGUUCCACCACAUUAUGGUUGGUUCUGCCAAGACAAGAGUUAAUCACCGCCCCUUUCACUUUCCAGUCCAGCCGCACGUAGAGUUUAUUUUUCUUCCCCUCCUCAACUUUCAUCAACGUUGAUGGAGUUCGAAGAGGUUUUAUCGCCAAUCCAUCUGAAAUCUGCAAUAUCCAAAUUUCACGACUUUUACCAUCUACUCUAUGUUUACAGCCCACUACCUCGUCGGCCGCUCCCAUCCAUCAUAUCAUGGCAGCACGCCCACAGUCACGGUCGCAGUCGCGUCAGCGACAGGAUCUCUCGAAGUUCCAAGGGUCGCCAAGUAGUAGACGUAUGACUAGAAGCCAGAGCCGCGAAAUCGAAGGGCUUCAAGUCAACUCCAACAGAUUAAUUGGAAAUGAAAGACGAAGUAAGCGGGUGCAAAGCAAGGCCCUCGACCCUGUUGUCGAAGAAUCUCCCCUUAAACAACCCCACCAAACGGGCGAUCGCCACGCCAAAGCGGCUACUCCAGAUCCCGAUGUCGCGGACAUUACGGGAACCACUUUUGUACAAGAGCCGGAGACAGAUUUUGAAGCGGGAAUUCUGCUUGACGCGCUUCGUGACAUUGAGCAAAACGGAAACGAUGUGCUGGAGCUCCUUAUUCCUAGCAAGGGCAGAUUGGUGGACGCCGUGAAAAAAGCCAACCAGCUCAGUGACCCCAGGAACACUCAAAGCAAGCGCCUGCUCCGGUUACUCAAGAUUCUCGAUGAAGAUAUCAAAAUCUUUGGUAGCCAUACCUAUAUCGACGUUGAUGGCGUCGUUCGUAAGGUCUCUUCUGCACUUGCCGAUAGGCGUGAGGACUUGGAGGACUGGAGUCCGGCCCCGAUUUUGCAAAUGGCAAACUGUGCACGGUUCGCAUGCGAGAUACUUCUAGCAGGCACAAAUCCAAACUCACAGAGGCAAGCAAUCAGGAACAUCCAAAAACUUUUUCCUCGGCCGUUUAUGACGGGCCUAGCUGGCGCUGGAGAGGAGAAAGAGGCCGGUGAGAGUGUUCUAGAAAAAGAGACUUUGAAUCUUGCUUUAGAGAUUCGCACCCAGUCUUUGAUCUCACAAUUGGAGGAUAACCAGGAUAGCCCCGGUUCCGAUUCCAAGAAUUUCGUCAGACUCUGCUUUUUCACGGAUUCGUCGCGAAAAUCGCCAUUGCGCGGUUUCAAUCUGCCAAACUUAAGCAAUGCUGAUGGCACUCUUCCCGCACAGUAUACCGAUGACGUUCAGAACCGCUACGAGGAAAUCCUCCUGGGCGAAAUGGAUGGAGUAUUCGAUGUAAAUGAGUUGAGAAGCUCUUAUAAUUGGCAGCGAUUCGUUCUGCACGCAGCGCAUUGGGUCCGCAAAAGGACAGAUGAACUACAUGUCGAGGUGAAGAAGCGGAUAAGCACACAGGCUGUUCGCUACACGUUAUCUAACGCCAAGGCCUCCAGCUUCGGCAGCACAUUGGGAGCUUCAGAGGCAGAACCCAGUGGUGAGCUUCAAGAAGCUGGAGGAGAUACCACGAGACAGGAUGCUGUUGCAGAGGGAUUCCCUGCAGGACUAGAGCCGCAGCCGCAACCGCAACCACAGCAGCCUGAGUCUCGGGAUGUCCAUAGGGAUACAGAGCGGAGGCGCUCUUCGAGACCUUCAUUCUUGAAUUCUGCUUCAAUCCAACGCAUUACACAAAGACAAGAGCGCCUCCGAUCUGGAACCGAAACAUCUGAGCGUCGCCAACAACCUGAUACUGUCCAGCCAGGAACCCCGACAGGGAACGAACUGCCUGCUGUUGAUCGUCAGAUACCCUCAAACCGCUCGUCUCAACAUACUUUGUUUCAUGAGCGCGUCCCGUCUCUUGAUGAUGGUCCCACGCUGGUUACUGAAGAACCUGAGCUAAAUUUUGGCGAAGAUUCGGAGUUUGCCAACGUAGACGAGAGCACCCAUAUAGAGAGAUCUCGCAGCCCUUCUGUUGCCCCUAGAAGGACAGCGCCUUGGCGACCGGAGCCUACUUCCAGCGCUCAGACGACAGACAGCUUGAUGCCAACUCAGAGUCAGAUGGUAUGGGAGGCUGUCAAGGAUGGUUUAUCUAGACAGCCGGUUUCGAGUCCACGCCGCAGUGUUACUUCACGAUUCAUCGACCGCCAACCAGAUGCCGCGCGGGUAUCGCCGAUCCGAGAUGACGACUCACAACAAAGCGCUGUUAGACGUGUUGAGUCGCGUGUAUCUCGGAAACGUGCGCGGGCGAGUACUGUGACGGAUUCUGACGUCGAAGAAUCCAUCUUUGAUCAUGAUGAUCGCUCGCCGGAUAUCGAGAGCCAACGAGCGAAAAAGCCGCAGCCAGAAAGAAAGAAGCGACCACGACUGGAAGAGGCGGAGUCACGAAGGCUGGAUACCAGCACUGACACCCACCAAGAAACUGUUGUAGAGGAACCCUCUCGCCCAGCGCGCCAGAGAACAGCGCAGCCUGCCUCGAUCAGCUCCCAGCGCUCCGUCGGGCAAUACACAGCAAAGCCCAGGAAUAGCUGGACGGAAGCUGAAGAUAACAGGCUUAUACGCUUGAUGAAGGAUCACGGUCACAAGUGGUCACUGAUAGAAAGGCAGAACAUUGCACAGCCGGCUGAAGAGGGCGAAGUGCGAAUUGAAGGCCGCGGCCAGGUGGCCUUUAAGGAUCGAGCUCGGAAUAUGAAGAUCUCUUAUUAUCGGGAGGGACUUCGCAUUCCCGAUUACCUCGAGCAUGUGACCAUGAAAGAGAAGGAUGUGGAAAAGCUUUUGGAGCGAGGGAUAACAAAUAUCCUGCCGCAUGACAUGGAAGCCUAUAACAGAGCUCGAGCUCGUUGAGGAACAUUGGACUAGGCUAUUUCGAUUUUUUUUUGGUUCUUCCGCUAUUCUUUCUAGCAUUAGAUACCCAUCUUCGUCAUACAGUUGUUAGCACAGUUGUUAUACUCAUUAACUGUCAAA